AUGGAUAGGAUACGUACAAACAGACCCGCUUCUUUAAAAAUGUUCGACUUUUCAGACACCGAUUCGGGGAUAUCAUAUGGGAGCACUGACGAUGAAAUAGAAAUCAACACUCCAACGUAUUCGAUAUCACUAAUGGAUCCAAUUGAGGCUGUUAUGAAACCAGAAAAUGUACUGGAAAAAUUUGUAGAAGUCGGCGGAAGACGUUACUUAAAUGACAAUACACUAAAAUGUUAUCUGCCCAGUGACCAGGAAGAAGUAAAAAGGACAUACAACCGACAUUUAAUAGACAAAAUUAUGUGGGGAGGUAACUAUUCUGCUCCCGUUUCCGAUAAUCUAUCAUCAGGAGCAAGUGUUCUUGAUAUUGGUUGUGGCGCAGGAGCAUGGAUAAUGAAUAUGGCCUCGGAUUACCCUGUUUCAGUAUUUGUUGGAAUAGAUAUCGCUCCUUUAUUCCCCGAAAAUCAUCCACCCAAUGUGGCAUUUCUUAAGUGUGACAUCAUGGAUGGUCUACCGUUUCCAGAUAACACGUUUGAUUUUGUUCGACAAGCAUUUGUCAUAAUCUGUAUUAAUUGGCAAGCAUGGAAAGAGAAAGUGGUAAAAGAAUUAAUAAGAGUAACUAAGCCCGGAGGAUAUAUCGAAAUUAUGGAGGUAUGCCGUGAAGAUAUAAAUUUGGGAAUAGUAGGCCGAAGGAUUUACGCUAGGAAAUCGGAGCAUAUGCGUAAAGCCGGAAUCAACACAAUGUCCGGUCCAGAUGUAACAAAGGCAUUUAACGAGUUUAAAAAUGAAGUGAUUGUAGCACCCAUGGAAGAGAAAAUAUAUUAUUUUGGGAAGAAGGCAGGAAGAAUAGGUGAAGCGGCAAGUAUACUAAACAAAGCAUUGAAAUCUAUCCUGGAGGCAUGUAGAGCAAUGAAAGUUAUUCUCACUCAUAUUAUGGGGAUUACAGAAAAAGAGUGUGAACAGAUGUUGAUUGAUUUUGAGAAGGAAUGUAAUGAAAUCACGCUCUGCAAAUCACGAUACCGCACCGUUAUUCAAAAGCGUUUGGAUACGUACGGCGGUUUUAAAAUUGAGGAUUAUUUUGCCGAUGGUCGCAUUUCAUGUUGA